AUGACUUUCUUUGGAGGUGAUGUGAAAAUCGUAUAUAGGCUUACUUGGAUAACGUCCAAGGAUCUGACUAAAAAUUGCUUCCAAGUAAAUUCAUGGUACAAACAAAGUUGUUCCUUAACUUUGUAUAAAUCAGAUGUUCUCAUUUGCCCUCUUCGCCCUGUGGAGCGUUUCCGGGACUUGUAUCCCGAAGAAGUGGCUGAUUUAUUUCGCACAACACAAGCAGUUGGCAACGUCGUGGAGCAACAUUUUGGAGGAACGUCACUCACCAUUUCAGUUCAGGAUGGUCCUGAAGCUGGACAGACUGUGAAGCAUGUUCAUGUCCAUGUACUUCCAAGAAAGCCAGGGGAUUUUGACAGAAAUGACAACAUCUACGAUGAGCUUCAGCGUCAUGACAAAGAGGCUGAGGAUUCCCCCAGCAAAUGGAGAUCUGAUGAAGAAAUGGCAAUUGAAGCUACAAUCCUCAAGAAAUAUUUUCAGUGA